AUGGAAGAUUUAAAUUUACCUUUAGAAGGAUUGGUUGUUUUGGAGAUGUCAGGUUUGGCACCCGUUCCAUAUUGUGGAUUGAUCUUGGCGGAUUUCGGUGCGACAGUUAUUAGAGUGGAUCGUGUCGUUGGCGAUAGUAUAGUUUCUCAACCAAUCGAUCAGCUGACUCGUGGAAAACACUCGAUUGCUAUCAACUUGAAACACAAGGAAGGUGUAGAGGUGUUGAGAUCGCUGGCAAAGAAGGCCGACGUUCUCAUUGAUUCGUACAGGCCUGGCGUCAUGGAGAAACUCGGCUUGUCGCCAGAGUCACUCAUGUCGGAGGCACCGAGAUUGAUCUACGCGCGACUAACUGGAUUCGGACAGACCGGACCGUAUGCACUGCGCGCCGGCCACGAUAUCAACUAUAUUGCGCUGUCCGGAGCACUGUCGGUUCUUGGACGUCGCGGACAAGCGCCACUCUUCCCGUCGAACAUUCUUGGUGAUUUUGCAAGCGGUGGAAUGAUGUGUGCUCUCGGAAUCAUGUUUGCGCUCUACGAGCGGAAAUCUACGGGUCGUGGAAAACUCAUAGAUUCCAGCAUGAUGGACGGCGCGGCAUAUCUGGCGACUUUUAUCUAUAAGCUGCGAGUUGGAAGAACCGGAUGGUGGGAUAACGAUCGUGGAUGUAAUGCUCUGGAUAGCGGUGCUCAUUUCUAUGAGGUAUACGAAACGCUCGAUCACAAGUAUAUAUCGGUUGGCGCUAUUGAGGGGCCAUUCUACAGCGAGCUGCUGAAGGGUAUGGGAUUGGCGGAGCGGACCGAUCUUCCAGAUCAAACCGACCAAACACAAUGGCCGCGAAUGAAGCAGCUGUUUAAAGAGAUUUUCGCAAAGAAAACAAGAGAUGAGUGGGAACAGAUAUUUAUGGGUACUGACGCUUGUGUUGCGCCGGUGCUCGAGAUGCACGAGUUGACAGGUCAUCCACAGGCAACAGCAAGACAAUUGGUUUUCAAAGGUGACAACGGUCUCGAUGUAAUGAUGGCACCCAGACUUUUCGAUGUACAAAAUACAACAAAACUAUCGAUUCAACAACAACAGCAACAACAAAUCGAUCAGCUAUCAACAAAGAAAUUGGUGGUGGAAGGUGCCAACACAGUGACGGUAUUGAAAAAAUUUGGAUUCGAAUCAGAUGAUAUUGAUAGAUUAAUUGAAUCCAAAAAUAUGAAUCGUACUUGUUAA